CCUGCCAGGGAUCGCUUCACUCACUCCUCAAUGUUUUUGGUGAAUGGUGUCCAUCCAGAAUGCAGAUUUCAGCUGGAGAUUCACAAGGAGGAAACCAGGUGCAUGGAACUUCUAAAGAAUGCAAAACCAGUGGACUACAAAGGAUGUGUUGGAGUUUGGGAUAACAUCACCUGUUGGCGUCCUGCGAAGAUUGGAGAGACUGUCACUGUCCCUUGCCCAAAAGUAUUUAGUCUUUUUUCUGGCAAACCAGGAAACAUUAGCAAAAAUUGUACGAGUAAUGGAUGGUCGGAUAUAUUUCCUGACAUCUUAAGUACUUGUGGAUAUAAUGACUACGAAGACGAUUAUAAGGUCAACUUCUAUGUGAGGGUGAAAGCAAUUUAUACCCUUGGACACAGCGUAUCUCUGAUUGCUCUUACAACAGGAAGUAUAAUUCUUUGCCUUUUCAGAAAACUUCAUUGUACUCGGAACUACAUCCAUCUGAACCUGUUCCUCUCUUUCAUUCUAAGAGCAAUCUCUGUUUUAGUCAAGGAUGAUAUUCUCUAUUCCAGCUCCAACACAGCUCACUGCCCAGAGGAUCAAACAUCAUGGGUGGGCUGCAAGGCAAUUCUGGUGUUUUUUCAGUAUGGUGUUAUGGCAAACUUUUACUGGCUCUUAGUAGAAGGACUUUACCUGCACAUCCUCCUUGUGCUAAUAUUCUCCCCCAACAGACACUUCACCAUCUACCUGCUGAUAGGAUGGGGAAUUCCAACAAUAUUCAUUAUUACCUGGACAGUGACACGGAUCAUUCUAGAGGACACUGGUUGCUGGGAUACAAAUGAGCAUGGUGGUCCCUGGUGGGUUAUACGAAUACCAAUUUUAAUUUCUAUUAUAGUGAAUUUUAUACUUUUCAUAAGCAUUAUAAGAAUCUUGCUGCAGAAGUUAAGAUCUCCAGAUGUUGGAGGAAAUGACCAGUCACAGUACAAGAGACUCGCAAAAUCCACGUUGUUGCUUAUUCCAUUAUUUGGAGUUCACUACACAGUGUUUGCUCUGUUUCCUGACCGCAGUUCCAACAAUUAUAAAAUAAUCUUUGAGUUGUGUUUGGGAUCUUUUCAGGGGUUGAUUGUUGCAGUCCUGUAUUGUUUUUUGAACAGUGAAGUGCAGGGGGAGCUGAAAAGGAAGUGGCGGAGUUUGUGCUGGAAGCAGACAGCAGGCAGAGAUUACAGACUCCACAGCUCCAUUUCUCGAAAUGGAUCAGAAAGCGUUUCCCAGCUCCACCGGAAUUCUAGAGCUCACUCAUUUAUGCAGACAGAGACCACCAUGAUAUAAAUGGGCUAGGCCCCCCAAAACAUGAAAAACUGUGGGAUAUAUCGUUCAUUAUGCAGCUUGAUGUGAUAUUUUAUAAAAUGUACAGUUUAGUGUUUUGCUUUUCUACAUGUUGGUAUUUGGGGAAUUGGUUUGUGCAGCCAAGCUGUUAAUAAGGGAGAAGCCUGCCCCAUGGAUGCUUUCUGUUUUGUUCAAAUGGUAUACAUAUUAAUUCUGAUGUUCUCUUGCAGUUUACUAGCCAUAACAAUUCAAAAAUUCAUUUUCCAUAAAGGUCCCUUUACCUUCCAAAAUAGUUACAAGAUCCAUACAGGGUAUCCUGCUCAAUGCAGACUUCUUUGGCACAUGUAAGGGUUAACAUGGGAAGCCAGAAAAUUUCUUACACUUUAUUUAUACUUAAGGAAACUUUGCCUUAAGGAUUAAGAAGGUCUUUUCUAAUUAUGGAAAAUAAAUUUUAAAAAAAACCCUAAGACCAUAAUUAACCACACUGGGAGUUCAGUGUGCUAAUCCAGGAAAUCAUAAGCAUGAUUUACAGAGGGAAAAAGGUAGUAUUUCUAGGCUGAUGGUAUAAAUGUCAGAAAUAACUAUCUAUAGAGUUUAAUUCCAAUCCUAUUGUUACUUUCAAAAGUGCCUAGUUUAAUGUUUGGGUGCAGAGUGUAGGGCUACCUUUACAAUCCAUACAGAAAAAACUACUAUAUUAUUUUUGAAUAUAGUAGUUCUCAGUUGUUCUCUUCUGUUUAAAGUCAGAGAUUGGUAUUGCUCUUUCAUGAAGGAAUUUUCUGAAGAGGUGUGUUUUAUUACUGAAGCAGCCUAGCAUAGGAUAAGCAGCCUUGGAUAGUACAUUACACAUUGAAAAUAUCAUUUUUUACAAUAGUAUCAUUGAAAUCUGUCUCUAGGAUCUACAUAUUUGACUCCAAACACAAGGAAUAUUGCAGUGAGGUUACAAGUCACAUGUAACUAAAAAUGUAACUUCUUUUAGGUUUAUUCAGCUUUGUAUCUAUCUGAAAUUAUUUAAAAUUUAGUCCUGACCGUGACUCCAGAAAAAAAAAAAUUAGACAGAAUCCCUAAAAAUUACCAUAAAAGGCAUAAAGGACGAUAUUUCAACAAUGCCAAGCCUCUUAUGUAGCCACUUAAAAAAUAAAGGCAGAGAACUGACAGUCUUAUAAAAAUAUACAUAACAUUUCCACUCUUUAGCAGAAAUAAACCCAGUGAUGUUCUCUUACCAUGUCAACAUUUAACCACGUCCACCCUACAUUACAAGUGGGAAUAAUAUGUAUUUGCAUGAGUACCUCCAUACAAACCAUUGCCCUCAUAUUUCAGAUAAAAGAUUUUAUGGAGCCAGAAUAAUUCAAGGUCUCUACUCUUGUCAGAUUCAGAGAAGAGCAGCAAGGGCAUCUCUUGCCAGGAAUAUUUGUACAUCCUUGAAGGUAUUACCAGCACUGGCAAUAUUGUCAGCAGCUGUCAAUUCGUGGUCUGAUUUAAUCCAGAUAUUUAUCAGUCAAACACAAUUUGUUUUAAUGGGAUUGCCAUGGAAGCACACAAAGUUUUGUCAGACCAAAGAUAGAAAGGGCCCCGUGGUUCACAUGACCACUGCAGGACAUGGUGAAUGUUGCAUUUCAUCAGUAGGUAUCAUUUGAGUUAAACAACAAUCACUCAGAGAAUUGUCACUUACAGAAAUUGAAUUUAAAGAAGCUAUUGAUCACUUCCAGAUCAUUCAUAAUGUUUUCUGCUUGGCAAAGUAACUAUGAGGUUCUGGAUGGAAGUAGGCUGCCCAAGGACAUUCACAUGGGGUCUAAAGAUGUCUACAUAUGUAUUUAAACUAAAUAUUUUCCCAGAGACUUCGGACUGGGGAAACACUGCUAAAAUUUAGUAUGUUUCCUGGAUCUCAGGAAAAAUUUAUCACAAACUCUUAACUGUAAAUAUAUGAAACCCACUGGAGCUUUGGGAGCUGGUUUUACAUCUAAAUUAAACAUAUCUGUCCACAUUAGGAUUCUUUGUCUGCAGUGGCACUGGGACUGCUCAGUUCCCUGAGAUGUGAUGUGCAGAAUGUUCUUUUUUUCCCCUUAAUUUCUAGAGUAGAAAGGCACAUGUGACAAGCAUUCAAGUGUGCUCAUCUUUUUGCUCAAAUGAGGUUAUGUGAGCAAGUUGACACAGACAGAAUGAUAGCACAGAAAUAGAUGUUUCAGGCAAUCAUUUCCAUCAGUCUGUUCUGCAUGAUGCAUCACCAAUUAUAUGUGUUUAUAACACGUUGUAUCUUAGAGAAAACUGUCUUUGUUCUAAUUAGGUGAGCAUGAAAAAAAUCUGCAUUUUAAUUAUUUCUGGGUUAUAAAAAAGAAAAGCCUUAAUAAGAAAAUAUAUUUUAUAUUGCAACAAACCAGCAUUGUUUCCUUUACAGAUGGUGCAGAUUCUACUUUUCAUGUAGGGUGAAAUGCCGUGAGAAAUUUGCAGUGGGAGAACAUAGAGGUACCACUGAGUUUGUAAAGGACAGUGUGGACAUGCAAAAAAUGGAACACAGGAGAGAGGUGCUGUAUGAAUUUUUCUUUCAAACCAGUGAAAAAAUACAGUACUUUGGAGAACCUCAUCCCUCUAUUAAUAAUAUAAAUGAAGAUAAUAUAGAUAUUGUUUUGUGAGACAGUUUGACUUCAUAAUGCUUUGUGCAAGCAUUAUCAUGGCAGUAAAGACACACAGGGCACUGUGCUCACUUGUUUCUCAUCCCAGAAAAUUUCCGAUUUCCAAAUAAUUGUAUGCAAAGUUACAGCAUCAACCCUAGCAUCACCAUUUUGGCUUUUAGCUGCCUUUUCAUGGACAGAUACACAUGAUAAAAAAAUGUCUCUAAAAGGAGCAGAACAGUCUGACAAAUGUAGAACUUAAUCAAUGUUUUUCAACACCCAGAACCAGACAGUUUCUCUUGGCUUAGUCUUUCAUUGCAUUUUGCUGAGGAAUAUGGGAUUGAAAGGUCUUGCUCUGUGCUGUGGUGACUCUAAAGAGCAAUGGAAUGAAACAUGAUUUGGCCUUCUGCAUCCCUAAUCCUAGUUCUCACACACUCCUAGCAGCAUCAGGGGAAGAAGUAGAGGCUGCAAGCCAAGUGUAACCUUUCCCUGCACCUCCCUUUCUUUAUUCCUUUAUUGCCUUUCCCCCUUUAGUUGCAUCAGGAUCCAAACUGGGUUGUAAAGUCUUCCAGGCAUGAAACCUGGGUCUUUUUGUCCAUCCCUACUGAAAAGCCAGUAGCACAGCUUGUACUUAUUGAGCAAGAAUAGUAAUACAGUUCAUUUCCAGCACCAUGGUUAAUUGCUGUGUUUUACCUCCCCUGGAGGCACCAUUAAUUCUGAGUGAUUUCUGUCAGCAUUACCUGCUUCUGAUGCCUGAGGAACACAGUGACAGCUUGCUCUCCACUUACUAACCACAAUGAAAAAUAUGCAUGGACACUGACUUAGAUUUUCCUGUGCAGAGUCGAUUUCAGCUGGGUGCUUUAUAAACUCAGAUGCAUUUCAGGUGAAAUUCAUCUGCCCUGUUUUGGUGUCUAAAAGCUGCAUGUUUGUCUCUGAGCUGAAGACACUUCUAAAGUGCCUUCACAGUCAUCCUAGAGAAAUAGGCACUAAUUGAAGAUGACUUCUUCCAUGUUCAGCUGGGCAUCUCAGGCAAGUAAGCUGGACCUAGUUUUCUCUGUCCUUGCUAUAAAAUGAGCCAAGGGUAGCUGGCUAGUACUUAGAUUUCUCACUCCAUAGAUAGAAUCAGGUAAGAUGUAUCUCUCCAGAAGAGAUCAUUAAGCUGUCUGGGUAAUAUUACACAGAUACUCCUUUUUAAGCCAAUUACCUUGGGUUGGCCAAACUUAUCCUCCAAGAAAUGUGCAGUAUAAUUCAAAGUUCAGGAAGUGGAGAAUCCUGCAGCUCAUUUGGUCAGGUGUCCCUGCCUUCCAUUAUAAAUCCCACAGCCUUAUAUCCCAUUUUGAUUUGCCUGGCCUCAGCUUCCAACAAAUGUUUGCUGUUUUGGGUUAGGUGUUUGGCCUUUUUGCCUUUUGUGGGAGGGGGCAGAUGCUAAAAGAAAGUGCUUUACAGUACCCAAAAUGUUAUUUAUGUUGUACUGCAUGUAGGAAUACCCACUCUAAGCUUGUGAUGGGACUGUGCUGUAGCAGCAAUAGAUAAUUGGUGGCAAAUAGCAUUACAAAAAACUUCCUACAGUCAAGUUAGAGGCAUUCUACCUCACUCUGUAGCAUCUGCUUCAUGUCCUGAUUCACCCCAGGCUUCCCUUUACCUUUAAAAUGCCAAAGAGGAAAGCAACAGGCAUAGACCCUCAGCAAACCAGAGACUCUGUCUGGGGCAGAUUGAUGGAAUAAGGCAUUGCCAGGUGCAUGUGUCACUCAGUCCAUGUGCAAAGACUAAGAUGAAACAUCUGCAUCAUUUGUCCUCUAUGUUUCUAAAAAUCAUAUUCUGUUAACUAUGAAUUUGCCCAGUUCAGCAAAGUGAUUUGGGAUAAAGUCCUAAUUCAGUCUAUACAGUUUUUUUAAAGAUAUCCUUAAGGAAAAUUCAAACCCUAAAUAUGUCUGACAAAAAGAAAGAACUGGCAAGCAAUCUGCAGACCAAGCUGCUAUGUGUGUAAGGGUCAUUACUGUCUGUGCAUAGGGAUACAGGAACCUUUACCAACAGAAGUACCUUCAUGUUACCAUGAGUGCCUAUAUCAGCUGUGGGCUGCCAGUACUCACCCAACAUGACUAAAUACAGAAGUUAGCAUGCAGGGCUAUUCUGUUGCCGAAAACAGAUAAAAUUAAAAAGUGUUCUAACAUGUUACAAGAGUACAUCAGGAUAACAUUCAAAAGGAGCAUUCUGUGAUAUGGUUUAAGCACUCUAUGUUGAAUCUGGUUCUGUCCAAUGAUAGCAGGUUGUAGUUAAAUCUAAGUCAGGAAUAUUUUCAUUGUCAGCUUAAAAAAGCAACUGAAAUGUUCCAAACCCCUCCCAAAGCACUGUAAUAAGUUUAUGAUUCCCUGCAGCUUUUUUUUGUCCUGGCACAUUAGUAUGAGUAUUACAUCAAAUUUCUCUUUUGUCAUCUUUGUUAUAACUUUAUAUCUGUCAAGUAUGGUAAAAAUUAAAAAUUAUGUAAAUGAAUGUGAUUAUUUUUUACAAAAUGUACAGAUUAUGAUGUUGUAUAGAUUAAUGUGUGUAAAUAGAUUUCAUACUGUAAUUCGCUGUAGUUUUCUUCUGGUUUUGCUCUUUUGUUCUUUAAUGGUUUCAGUUUUUAAUGUCACAAACCUAACAGCCUUCUCUGAGAUGUCAUAUAUAAAGCUGUGAACAAAUAAGUGUUUACAUCUUUAUGCUAUUAUACAUAAUAGUAGUCUACAACACCAUAAUGGACUGAAGAGGAAUCAGAGAAUAAAAAUUUUAA